AUGGAUCUCAAAGCGGACGCGGAGGACAUGGACUACAAGCAGCCGGCUCCCAUCGAAGUUUUCGCCACCAGGUCCACGCUGCACGGCAUCUCUCACAUGUUCACCUAUGAGCGAAUGUACAUCAAGCGCACCCUGUGGAUUCUGUUUUUCAUGGCUUCGGUGGGCGUGCUGGUGAUGGUGUGCGUGGACAGGGUGCAGUUUUACUUCGAGUACCCACAUGUCACCAAGCUGGACGAGGUGGCGGCUUCGAUGAUAGUGUUCCCCUCGGUCACCUUCUGCAACCUGAACUCCUUCCGCUUCAGCCGGGUGACGCGCAACGAUCUGUACCACGCCGGGGAGCUGCUUGCCUUGCUCAACGGCAGGUAUGAGAUCCGGGACCCACACCUGGUUGAGGAAAACGUCCUGCAGAUCCUGAAGGAGAGGGCAGACUUUGACAGCUACAAGCCUCGCUCCUUCAAUAUGCUCGAAUUCUACGACCGAACAGGCCAUGACAUCAAGGACAUGCUCCUCUCCUGCUCCUACAGAGGCAUGGAAUGUAGUGCCGAGGACUUCAAAGUG